AUGGAGAGAUCCAGCGGCAAGCCACAACAAUCUCGUCUGUGCCUCCUCGCCUCGUUGUCUGCCAUGUUCUGGUUCCUGAUUUUCUACCUCCACUUCAUGGCCAUCGGCCACGGCCCUGUCACUAUCCCGGAGCAAUCUGAUCCUCUUCUGCCGAUGACUUCUAGUGCCCAUCUUAUAUCCGGGACUGACAUUGUCCACCAACCUAAACAGUCUGUCUCCUUUGAUUCCAUGCCUUCCAACAUGCAGAUUCCUGCAAAAACAUUUCCCUUCACGCGAGCUUUACAGACCAUAGAGAAUAAGAGCGAUCCAUGUGGUGGGAGAUACAUAUACGUUCAUGAACUUCCACCACGUUUUAAUGAUGAUAUGCUCAAGGAGUGCAAGAGACUCAGUCUGUGGACCAAUAUGUGUAAAUUCAUAAUUAAUGAGGGGCUCGGUCCCCCUCUUGAGAAUAUUGAAGGCGUUUUUUCAAGCACGGGCUGGUAUGCCACCAACCAGUUUGCUGUUGACGUGAUCUUCCGCAACCGUAUGAAGCAAUAUGAAUGUCUGACGAAAGAUUCCUCAAUUGCGGCCGCGGUUUUUGUGCCUUUUUACGCUGGUUUUGACAUAUCUCGAUACCUUUGGGGAUAUAACAUGUCGGUCAGGGACUCUGCUUCUCUUGCUUUGGUGGAGUGGCUUGAGAAGAGGCCUGAGUGGAAAGUGAUGGGUGGGAGAGACCAUUUCUUGGUGGCAGGAAGGAUCACCUGGGAUUUCAGACGAUUGACAGAGGCUGAAUCUGAUUGGGGAAAUAAGCUUUUGUUCUUGCCGGCUGCAAAGAACAUGUCUAUGCUGGUUGUUGAGUCUAGCCCAUGGAAUGCAAACGACUUCGGGAUUCCAUAUCCUACUUAUUUUCAUCCGGCGAAAGAUGCUGACGUUUUCCUCUGGCAGGACAGGAUGAGGAAACUGAAACGCAAGUGGCUCUUCUCAUUUGCUGGGGCACCUCGCCCUGGUAACCCCAAAUCAAUCAGAGGUCAGAUAAUAGGUCAAUGCAGAAACUCUGAGGUCUGUAAGCUGUUGGAGUGUGAUUUUGGUGAAAGUAAAUGUCACUCUCCGAGCAGUAUAAUGCAGAUGUUCCAAAGUUCUUUAUUUUGCUUGCAGCCUCAAGGUGACUCUUACACACGGAGGUCGGCCUUUGACUCAAUGCUGGCCGGGUGCAUCCCGGUGUUCUUCCAUCCAGGGUCUGCAUAUACGCAAUACACGUGGCAUCUUCCAAGAAACUAUUCCAGAUAUUCUGUCUUUAUUCCAGAGGAGGACAUCCGCGUGGGAAAGAUCAGCAUUCAGGAAAGGUUAAGCCGAAUUUCGCCAGAAGAGGUGAACACAAUGAGAGAGGAGGUCAUAAACCUUAUACCGAGGCUUGUGUAUGCAGAUCCAAGGUCUCGAUUAGAGACACUCAAAGAUGCCUUUGAUGUGUCUGUCGAUGCUAUUAUUGAUAAAGUUACAAAACUGAGGAAGGACAUCAUUCAGGGCCAUAAUGUCAGUGACUUUAUCGAAGAGAACAGUUGGAAAUAUGCAUUGCUUGAUGAAGGACAGCGGACUGUAGGUCCGCAUGAAUGGGAUCCAUUCUUUUCAAAGCCAAAAGAUGCCAACAAAUCGUGA